GUCUGCGGCACUAGAGCGGGAGGAGCGGCCCCAGUGCCUCAGUGGCGGCGCGGGAGGCCGCGGCUGCGCUGGGCCUCCUGUGGAAACCGGCUUCCUCUCAGGUCCGGGCUCGGUCUUCCCGCCUACAGCAAGGCCCGUCUCCCCCGGGGCUGCGUUUCUCUCUCCCGCCCUUCCCGGCUUUCCCCCGCCACCAUGUCGGUCAACCCCAUGGCCUACGAAGCGCAGUUCUUUGGCUUCACCCCCCAGACGUGCAUGCUGCGCGUUUACAUCGCCUUCCAGGACUACCUCUUCGAAGUGAUGCUGGUGGUUGAGACUGUAAUCCUGAAGAAGUUGGAGGCGCUUCCUGGGUGUAAAAUCACACCCUCCCAAAUCCGGAAAAGUACAGAGGAAUUUCUUCUCUUCAUGAAGAAGCACCUUGACAAACUCUUCAGUAAAAUGGAAGAAGUGCUUCUGCAGCUGGUGUUAAACAUCCCUAAGAAUGUGCUCCUUCCUGAAGACAAGGUCCACGAGCAGUACCCCUACAGCAAAGAGCAGUUCCAGGCGCUUCAGGAUGAGAUCCAGCAGCUGCAGAAGCAGUACAGGGCUGAGGCAUCUGCUGGGCAGGCGCUGCGAGCAGAACUGGAAGAACAGAAGGUUGUUCAGGCUGAGCUUGAGAAGAUUUUGCAGUGGUUUGAUGGGCUUGAGAAUAUCUGUAGGGAGCACGGGACUGGCAACUUCAAAGAAAGCUUUGCUUUCUUGACACAGAAUGCUAAGAGACUGCAAGAUGUGCUGAAAGAUGUUGAAGAGAAAAGCAAAAAGAUAAAGAAGCAAGAUCAGUUAUUGUAAUGGAAAUUCUGAAAAGGCAACAAAAAUCAUUUAGACAUCUUGCUUUAAAAGAUAGGGAUUUAUCUUUCCAGAAACAUCUCCCCUAAUCUCUUACUCCUCCAAUCCAACUGGGGUCUAGACUAAAAACUGUUGAACUGUGUCAGUUUGCACCUAUUUAGCAGCUCCCUGGAGAAGGAGGGGAAGAAAGAAACCUGUAAAAUGUCUCUCCAAAACUGGUGAUUGAGAAUAAAUUUUGGGCUGGAUAACCUGACUGUGCAGGUACCUUCCUGACUUUAGGAACUUUUAACUUUGAACACAACAUUGCUGUUGUUUAUUUUAAGAAUUAUUAAAAAACACCAUCUAAGUAAGACCUGUAAGAAUGUGUAAGUGUGUUUCCAGCCUGAUGCCAGGUCCGGUGACAGUGGAUGUUUUUGUCAGUGAGGACACUUCGACUCCAUGAGCAGUGUCUGCUUAAGGCCAAGGUGCCGUUCCCCGUGUUUUAAAAGCCAACGACUUGGGAAGCACGUAGAGAAGAGUGAGACAGUGAUUGUCGAGGUUCUGAUGGGAAAUAGAUCUAUUUGCUUCAAUACUGAAUGUCAGCCCAAUUGUGGAAAUUUCAGGGUUGAUUACCACUACACAUAUGUUUGCAAAGAGGUAGCUUGUGUUUGCUUUCAGCAAGGACACCACGCUGCUCCACAGACCGAAGAUCUAGAAGUCACUGGAGGAAAUGAGCAACUCGAUCACCUUGUCCUACUUUAGCUUAUGUUGCUUUAUAUAUAUACAUAUUUUGUUUGUUUUUCUUUCUGUUCUCCAGUGUCCUAUUUUUCUACUAAAUAACAAAAGUAAUUUUAUUUGUGUUUAAUGAGAUUUUCCUGUAGAAAUGUUGUGAAGAUUGGUAUGCUUGUUUUCUCUGAGGUCACUUAAGCUCCUAUCUGUACUUGACUCAGAAUACAUUAUCCUCUCUGUACAUCAUUCUGUUGGCCUCAGCAGGUUUUGAAUCUCCGCUAUGGACGUAUCACAAAAUAUCAAUACUGAUUUCUACUUUACUAGCGUAAAUGUUUGGAAGACAUUAAAUUUGUGAAUAAUGUAGAAGUUACUGCAAUUAAGAAAUGCAUUAAAAGUAUAAAA